AUGUCCCAAACCUACCAGACCCACCUCGAGUUCCUCAACCGCUCGGCCGCCAAAGCUACGGCAUCGGCCUGGAACCCUCCACCACCACCAGCGAAUCCUGUUGUAUCAGGUCUACCGCUGAAGUACCUCUCCAGCGUUGUGUCCAACGCCGGUCUUGUGGCGCAGACUCUGUACCAGAAUGGUGGCUUUACCAGUCUUAGAGACCGGCCCGAGCUGGAUGGUGUAGAGCCUCGAUAUGAUCCCCUGGUCAUACGCACCGGGUCGGCCUCAAUAUUCCGAAGUAUACUGGACUAUCACGAUGCAUACAAGUCCGGCUCCCUCACUCCCACGGACGUUGCGAAAGCUCUACUGCCUCAAGUUCGAAAGGAAGGGACCUCGUCCGGCAGACAUUCAACUGCCUUCAUCCAAGUUCGAGAAGCCAGAACCCUUGCAGCCGCGGCGGCGAGUACGCAGCGCUAUCAAAAUGGCAAGUAUCUCAGUCCGCUUGACGGCGUGCCCGUGGCAGUCAAAGAUGAAGUAGACGUAGCGGGCUACACCAAAUGCUUCGGCUCCGCCAUGGACUUUACGCGAGAAGACGGCGCGACGAGUUAUUGCGUGCAACGAUGGCUGGACGCUGGCGCCAUACUGGUGGGUAAGACAAACAUGCACGAGAUGGGUGUCGAUACGACGAACUGUAAUGUCGUCCAUGGCACACCCCUGAAUCCGUACAACGAGAAGUAUUACUGUGGUGGCAGUUCGGGUGGCAGUGCUUAUGCCGUUGGCGCAGGUCUCGUGCCUCUGGCGGAAGGUAAUGAUGAAGGAGGCAGCAUUCGCAUACCUGCGGCGUACUGUGGUGUCUAUGGAUUGAAACCUUCCCAUGGGAGGGUGAGUAGCAGGCCGAGCAAGGAACUUGCGUCCACGACUGGUGUUGCGGGCCCGAUUGCUGCGAACAUGUGUGAUCUCGAACUGGGCUAUCGAAUUAUGGCGCAGCCGGACAGUUUAAAUCAUAAGUCAAGACUGUUUGCUCCGCCGAGCUCUCCCACUGCGAAAAAUCCAAAGAGGAGAAAGGUGCUGGGCAUCUAUAAGCCAUGGUUCGAUCGCGCGGAUCCUGGGGUGGAAGCGAGCUGUCAAAACGCCAUCGAGUUCCUCACGUCCAAACUCGGCUACGAGACGGUGGACAUCACCAUCCCAUUGGUACCAGAAGGGCAAAUAGCACAUGCUCUAACCAUUCUCUCCGAGCUCGCCAGCGGCGUCACUGCUUCCUCAAUCUGGAAGCUUCAACCCGCCACCAAGAUCCUCUUCAGCGUCGGCCGCCGCACCACAGCGAUCGACUUCCUACAAGCCCAACGCGUUCGCCAGAUCAUCAUGCAACACCUGUCCUACCUCUUCACCACUCACCCAUCCCUCAUCAUCAUAACGCCCACAACUCCCAACGCCGGCUGGCCCAUCGGAGUCAAUGACCUCGCCUACGGCGCAAGCAACGCGAACAUGUCAGUCAGGAGCAUGGAGUAUGUCUGGAUGGCCAACUUCAGCGGAUGUCCGGCGUUGACAGCUCCGGUGGGGUUCGUGGAGGCAAAGCAGGGCAAGGGCAAGGUGCCAAUUGGGCUGAUGGGAAUGGGAGAGUGGCGUAGUGAGGAUGAGUUGAUUGCAUUUGGAUAUGAUUGUGAGAGCUUUGUGAAGGAGGGUUUGGAGGGUGGGAGGGUGAGGCCGGAGAAUUGGAUGGACGUUUUGGAGGCGGCAAUGGGAGGGAAGGCGGGAGCUGCGUGA